ACCGUCAGCACCGCAACCACCACCAGCACUGCGCCCCGCCGCCAUGGUGUCCCCCGUCACCGUGGUGACGGCUUAGGGCAAGGCUGCUGCCGGCCACCGCGCUGGGCAGACCCUUCCACAGGCUGCGUGACCUCCCACCGGGACCUUGUCGCCCCAGACAAGCCAGUCUGGCACUCCCGGCAUCUAAUGGCAUGAGGCAGGUGAAGAGUGAAGGUCCCAAGCUGGUGCCCUUCUUUAAAGCCACUUGUGUCUAUUUUGUCCUCUGGCUGCCAACUUCCAGCCCCUCUUGGUUCAGUGCCCUCAUCAAAUGCCUGCCCAUCUUCUGCCUGUGGGUUUUCCUUCUGGCUCAUGGAAUUAACUUCUUAGUGUCACACCAGAGUGCCAGCCGCAUCCUAGCAGGACUCAUAUUCUCAGCACUGGGAGAUGCCUUUCUCAUCUGGCAGGAGCAGGGCUACUUCAUUCACGGUUUGCUGAUGUUUGCCAUCACACACAUCCUGUACUCUUCAGCCUUUGGCAUGAAGCCUUUGGACCUCAAAGCCGGCUUGUUGAUGGGCCUUGUUUCCAGUUCCUGUUACGCCUUCCUGUACUCCUACCUCUCAGGCCCAUUCACCUACCUGGUAGCUGUCUACAUUGCCUUGAUUGGCUUCAUGGGCUGGCGAGCAGUCGCCGGCGUGCAGCUGUGCAACGACCUCUGGACAUGGACCAAGCUCUCGGCCUGCAUCGGAGCGAUGCUCUUCAUGGUGUCGGAUCUGACCAUUGCACUUAACAAGUUCUGUUUUCCUGUGCCCUACUCACGCUUCAUCAUCAUGGCUACCUAUUAUGCAGCCCAAAUGCUUAUUGCACUCUCAGCUGUAGAGAGCAGAGAUGAAGAGGACUUCAGAAAGAGGAGCUAGGUGGAGUGCCAAUAGUCUGUGAACAAUGUGGGCUAUAUCUCAGGUGCUGUAGCUGCAUUCACCCCUGAGAGAGAUCUCCGUUUCUCUAAGCACAUUGGUGAUGUUGAUUUUGCUUCUUUGAAGCAUCACCUUCGGGGAUUUUUUUUUCCAAUGGCUUUCUCUGAAUACAGCUUACUUCAGUGUGGAGUCCUCAUCAGAAAGCUUAAGACUAAGACUGUCCCUGCAAUAGCUACUCAGUCAACUUUUCCUCCUUGGAAGUGCUGUACUACUGCAUUACUUGUUACUCUUGAAACUGAUGCUGAAUGUCUGGGAUGAGGAGGGCUGAUGGAAGGGAGGUUUGGCCAUGAACUGUGCUGGAAAACUUGCUUUCCCUAGUAAACAGACAGGCACAGGUCUCUGGUAAAAUCAUAGGUAAAACCUAA